AAAAGGCCCUAUUCAGAAUCCUUCUUACGGUUACUCCGCGGCGGAGAAAGACAAAAAGACGCAGAGAGGCUGUUCGCUGCUUUAGCGCGAUCGAGAAAUGGCGAUUUUCAGAUUCCAUCAGUACCAAGUGGUCGGAAGAGCUCUCCCCUCGGAGUCCGAUGAGCACCCUAAGAUCUACCGCAUGAAGCUUUGGGCCACUAAUGAGGUCCGUGCGAAGUCCAAGUUCUGGUAUUUUUUGAGGAAGCUGAAGAAGGUGAAGAAAGCCAAUGGCCAGGUCCUAGCUAUCAAUGAGAUCUUUGAGAAGAACCCUACCACUAUCAAGAAUUUUGGGAUAUGGCUGAGGUACCAAAGCAGAACAGGGUAUCACAACAUGUACAAGGAGUUCCGUGAUACAACUUUGAAUGGUGCUGUUGAACAGAUGUACACUGAGAUGGCUUCACGUCACAGGGUCCGCCAUCAUUGCAUUCAGAUCAUCAAGACGGCUACAGUCCCUGCCAAGCUCUGCAAGAGAGAGAGCACCAAACAGUUCCAUAACUCAAAGAUCAAGUUCCCAUUGGUGUUCAAGAAAGUGAGGCCACCAUCAAGGAAGCUCAAGACCACUUACAAGGCUUCCAGACCCAACCUCUUUGUUUAAUUUGUUUUGUCUUGUGCUGCCAAAUUAUCAUUUUGUUUCACAUUUUGGAGUAUUCGUUUAUGUCAAGACAUUGUCGGUAAAGAUUCUUGUGUUACUAUUUUGAUCAGUGAGAAUUUUUGUUUCUUUAACUGGAUUCAUACUACUAGUUACUUUCUACUUGUGCUAUUUUUUCUCUUUUAGUGUGAUUUCAUGUGUCAACUUUUAUAAGGACAUUCAAAAUAUAUUGUUUUUCAGUGGGACUGA